CGCCCCACCCCUAAAAAAAAAGAACAUAGGCCCACGCCCCACGCCCCACGCGAUGUCCUCCUUCCCCUCCCGCCGUCGCCGCCGGCCCCGCCGCUGCGGCGAGGUGCGGCCGUCCGCGGAUUGGGCGGAUCUGCCUAUAGACGCGCUACUGUCGGUGCUCCAAUACCUGGAAACCAUCGAGCUCAUGGUGGGCGGAGCGGGGCGAGUAUGCCGCUCCUGGCGCCGGGCCAUACGCAAUGAACCCGAGCUCUGGCGCCGCAUCGACAUGCGCAUCCACAAAUAUCACAACUACCGGAUUGACGAAGGCAUGGCGAAGGAAGCCGUCCGGCGGGGGUCGGGCCGGUGUGAGUCCUUCUGGGGCGAAGACGCCACCGACCACUUCCUCCUAUUCCUCACCGAGCAGGCACCAUCUCUAAAGAGCCUUCGCCUCAUAUCUUCUAAGCACAUCACUAACGAAGGGUUGUUGGCGGCACUUAAUAAGUUUCCUGUGCUUGAGGAGCUUGAGCUUUCACUUUGCAAACAUGUUUUCGGAAAGGUAUACGAGGGUAUUGGCAUAGCCUGUCCACGCCUCAAAUGUUUAAAGGUCAGCUAUCCUUGCUUCUAUAGCAUCGAAGAUAUCGAGUAUAACAAGGAUGAGGAAGCUCUGGGGAUUGCAACAAUGUUUGUGCUACGCUCCCUUCAACUGUUUGGCAGCGAACUCACCAACGCAGGAUUGGCAACAAUCCUUGAUAACUGCCCUCACCUUGUGUAUUUGGACGUUCGCCAUUGUUUCAAUAUCCACAUGGACAUCACCCUGCGUGCAAAGUGUGCUGGAAUAAAGACGAUGAAGCUUCCUCAUGGCUCAACUGAUGACUAUGAGUUCCAGAUUGAAAACCCAGUUCGAACACGUGCAAGGAAACCUAGGCGAGAUUACAAACCCUACGUCUGAUGGAAAUCCGAAACUUGACUUCUUUCAUGCCAGCUUUCGGGUUGAGGCUGCAAGAGUACUGUUUUUUCUUGGUGCAGUUAGGAGUUUAACAUCAAAUGCUUGCAGCCUGCUGUCAAUCACUGUGAAAUCUGAAGGCGACGAUGACCAAUGUGAUUCUUAUCAUUACUACCUGUAUCAUCUAUGUGUACUGACAUGAACGUGCGAAUAUGAAAGACUGCCCCCAGGCGCUGGGGCACUUCCCA